AUGAUCCAUUUGGAAUCUCUAAUUUGCUAUGCUUGUCAAACUGAGCACACCAGGAAUCUAUUCGAUGAGAAAGAAAGAAGAGCAGUCGUGGGGACUUGUGGGCAUUCCGUGUGCUUGACAUGCUCGAGAGCCGAUAGAAACUGUCCGUUGUGUAGGAAACCUGAUGCAUUUAUUCAUGGAACGGUUAAUUAUGAAGCGAUGCGUCAAAUCGAAGAAUUCAAAACGAAGGCGUUCGAGAUUUUCGGGAAAUGGUGGAAAACUUUGGAAACGGGAAUCGGUGUCUGCUCGAGUUGCUCUUCGGAAGAAGUCCUCCGAAUCUGUGUGACUUGUCAACAGGCUCAGAAUUUGAAAGAUGUCAGCUUGACUAAUUUUUUUCUAUGUCACAAAUGUGCUGAUGAAAAGAUAGAAAGGUCGAAAGGAGGUCGGACCGUUCAUUAUUGUGAUAAAAUUGAAGCCAAAGAGUGGAUGAGAGGCGCCCAAAAUGUUCAAUGCUAUAACUGCCAACAAGAAACAGACGACCCCCACGUUUGCACCUCUUGCUUCCACGCCUCCACAAAUAAUAUAAAUGUGGAUACGUUCUCUGUUUGUGCUGACUGUGUUAUCGAAAACCAUCGGGGUCAUGAAACCACCAAAGCUGCUGAGGACUACUCGAUUAGACACAAUACUGUGGGGAUUGUUGAAAAACUGUUGAUGAUAAAAUUGAGAAGUUUGGAAGAGAAAAUUGGGAUGAAGUGCAAGCUAAGGCAGAUGAGAUUGGAUUUGAGUGCAAGGGAAGCGCUCUAUUGGGCAAGUUGUCACUAUCCAUUGUAUACGGAGGAGGAUUGUCCUGAACCCAAACUAAUCGGAAGACCGAAAAUCUGUGAAGGCCAAGUCGAGGAUAUACUGGUUAACGUAAAGAAGCAAUACGGUAAACUGGAAAUGGUGGAAUCGACGUGUCCGUGUGUGGAAAUUUGGAAUGAAAUCGUCAGACUGAACAUAUUCGAUAUCCAUAGACUACCUCCUCACUUCCUUGCAAUGGCACAGAAACCAAAGUCAGAAGAAGAUUUGGAUGGUUGUCCGUAUGAUUUCGAGACAAGUCGGAAAUAUAGAGAACAGUUAUUGACGAUUAUUGAAAAGGGAGAAGUGCUAACUACGCCUCAUGAACAAAUCUUCGUGCUUGACAGAAACUAA